AUGUCGGAACACCUCUACGUCCGCACGCCCCUCACCCCAUCUACCACCCUCUCCCAAGUUGCAGGCUGCAAAAUCUUCCUCAAACUGGAAAACUUCCAACCCUCCGGCUCAUUCAAAUACCGCGGUACCUCUCACCUAAUGCAACACUCCCUCCGCCACUCCUCGUCACCUUCAAAAGUCCAUUUCUACUGCUCGAGUGGCGGCAAUGCUGGUGUUGCUUGCGCGACAGCAGCCAAGUCGAUGAACUUACCCGUUACUGUCGUCGUCCCAAACUCAACAUCUGCAUUCCUAGUAUCUAAAAUCCGACACGCCGGCGCGGAGGUCUAUCAAAUAGGAGCGGAUUGGAUCGAAGCAGACGCAUUCCUAAAGACCAACUUGCUAGCUAACGAUCCACAUGGUUGUUAUAUUCCACCCUUCGAUAACCCCAUAAUUUGGGAAGGAGCUUCCUCUAUGUUCGAAGAAGUGUACGAGCAGAUGGGAGACGAGUGUUUUGAUGGCGUGGUGUGCAGUGUAGGCGGCGGAAGUCUGCUUACGGGGAUUCAAACCGCUAUUCAGCGACACCCCGAGGGUCCAAGACCGAGAGUCUUGGCGGUGGAAACAAAGGGCGCCGAUAGUCUGAACGCCAGCUUGCGGAAAGGGCAACACGUCACACUUCCCAGAAUCACCAGUAUAGCUACCUCACUCGCCAUCGUCCGCGUUGCAGAACGUGCAUAUGAACUGGCGCAGGAGGACAAUGUGAGCAGUAUUGUGCUCAGCGAUGCAGAAGCUGCGAUGGGGUCUGUCCGGUUUGCUGAAGACGAGGAUUUGCUUGUAGAGGUUUCGUGUGGGGCUGCGCUCGCGGCGGUCUAUAAUGGCGACUUGAGAAGGAUGCUGGGUGCUGGGAUGGACGAUGAGAGGUGGAGGGAGAUGAGGGUUGUGGUAGCGGUCUGUGGGGGAAGUGAUGUGUCCGAGAAUUUGUUCAAGGAGUAUCGGAAGAAGUACUCGGCGGAGGCGACAAGUAUGGUCUCGAAUACUGUCCCUACGGAAGAGUUGUCGGUUGGAAACAGUUUGGAGGGGAGAGUUGCGUUGGGGUUCGAAAUGGGAAGCUGUUUACGGAAGGGAGCUGUGCCUUUGCGAGUAUAA